AUGGUGGAAUUCGGGAUCUCCUUUGGGACCAUCAAAUCCCUAUUGAUCUUCUUCGCGCCCAUCCUAAUCCCGCGUGUGAUCAACUUCUAUCGCGGGUUCCGAGUCGCCAUAGCACAGCGUCCUACACCUCGUCCGCUAGAUUCAUCUAGUCAACGAGCGCUCAACGUCCUCUUCUUCUCCGUCCUCUUAUGUCUCCUCCUCAGUCUCCCUUUCAAUCCUCAUGCGCCGUCUCCCAGUAUCUUCUCCCAAACACGUUCACGCAUCAACACCCCGACCGAUGUUAUUUUCAGCCGACUGGCACGGUUCCGGCCGGGCGACACCCUCACCGAGGCAGAUAAACUCCUCCGCUCGAAACUCACAUCAGUCGUCGCUCGGCGGGUCUACCUUCGCUACGGACCCGACGCCCUGACAUCGUGCGAAUACUGCUCGGUCGACAAUCUCAAGACAUACCUUCUUUACUACCUCCCCUUCAACACAUUGCUCCCGCAUCUUCUCCACAUGGUCGUGGUGGGCCUGGUGACCGCGACACCGUUCGCUGGCCGCGACGCCGCUGGCUGGCGCAACAAAUUCACAAUCGCUGGCCUGGCCCUGGCCGCAGUGGACAUCUACAUCGUCUCCACCUACGAUCCGGUGCAGUCCGCCUCGGCUGCGGUGCGCGCGGGAAUCUCUCCGCCAUCGAGCUUGUAUCACCAAAUCACCCUCUUCCGCCCGCUGGCAUUUGCCAUUUUCGACGGAAUCUGCGCGCUUCUGAUCUACAUCUCCGCCACGAACCGGUUCUUCUUCACGCCUCCUUCGCAGGCCGACCAAGUCGACCAGCUGGUCUCGGCCUCGUUGACAUCCCUGGCCGGAGCGAGCUCCAAGUUGCACGCGAUGAGUGUGGCGCGGAAUGCCGUGGUGAGAGACAAGGUUCUGAAGGAUCGGGACGAUGCGUAUUGGCGGACGGUGGUCGCGAUGAGCGCCGGCGGCGCGGAGGGCGAUCCCUCCAUGGCGCCGAGCAAUAUCUGGGAGGAGGAGGAAGUGGUGCGAGCCAUGUCGCGGGCGAUGGCGGGACAGGGAGGGGUGGAUUUGGCCAAGCUGGGUGUCAGUGCGGCUGAGUACGUCAACGGCGUCACGGCAGGUUUAGAUGAAGUUGAGUCGGAGGGUCAGUAA